AUGUUGAUAGUAUAUGUCGAUGAUAUUGUUAUCACAGGGGAUGGUAUCUUUGGGAUUGCUGGAUUGAAGUCUUUCCUUGCUAUUAAAUUUGAAAUUAAGGAUAUCGGGAAUCUCCGGUAUUUCCUUGGGAUUGAGGUAGCAAGUUCAAUGAGGGGCAUUUAUAUUUCUCAAAGGAAAUAUGUCCUUGAUUUGCGUCAGGAGGUAGGAAGAUUGGAUUGUAAACCGAUUGAAACUCUAAUUGAUCCCAAUCAUAAGCUGGGAGUUUAUGAGAAAGAUGUUCUUCUUGACAAAGGUGUGUAUCAGAGACUUAUUGGUUGCCUUCUCUACUUGUGUCUGACUAGACUAGAUAUAUCAUACGCUAUGGGUGUGGUCAGCCAAUACAUGCACAAGCCUAGAUCAUCUCAUAUGCAAGCAGUGAAUAGAAUACUUGCCUAUUUGUAUGAAUGUCCAGGAAAGGGGAUAUUGUAUUCUAAUUAUGGGCGUCAGAAGGUAGAGGCCUAUUCUGAUGUUGAUUGA